GAACAAGUCUUAGAAUCUCGAUCCCGAUCUGGAAAAUGUCAACAGUAUUCCUGCAUGUUGGACAGUGUGGUAACCAAGUCAGUUUGCCGUUUUGGAAGAGAACUGUAAGGGAUGAAAAUGUUAAAAACAGUCGUACAUUUCUCCAUGCUGAUGAAUUGCAGAGAUCUGUGCACAUUGAUAGUGAACCAAAAGUCAUUGCAAAGAUAGCUAAGACCAGUUCUGUGAGGAAAAAGAACUUGGUGUGUGGAAAGAGAGGAAGAGGAACGAACUGGGCUUUAGGUUACCAUGGAUUGCUGAAGAAAGGGGAGGAUCAUAUAGUGGAGGAUACAAUGGAAAUACUUAGGAAGGAGACAGAAAGGUGUGAUUCCUUCAGUGGAUGUGUUUUGAUGCACAGUUUGUCUGGAGGGACUGGUUCAGGUCUGGGAUCGAGGCUGUGUGAGACAAUACGAGAUGAGUACCCCAUGAGUCACCUUCUGUCCUGUUCCUUUGCCCCCUGUCAGAGUGGAGAGAGCCCUCUACAGCAUUACAACUCCCUCCUAACCACAGCUUACUUAAACAGGUACACAGACUGUAAUAUCCUGACACACAAUGACAACAUCCUGGAGCGACUGCAGAAGAAGAUGGAGACAGUGUCCUUUAACCAGAUGAACGAGAACAUUGCUGCUGCCCUCUGUGGGGUGUUUCUACCAACAGACACACUGACAACCAAGAGUGGGGCAAGCAUUGGAAUGGAACCAUGGGAAAUGGUCAGAUCUCUUUGCCCAAAUCCUGGAAAUAAAGUCAUACAAAUCAACCAUAUAGCUCGCAGUAAACUGAGUUGGGAGGCAAUGAUGGGUCAACUUCUGUUAGGUCUACAUAGAUAUGACAGAGAGGGUAAACCUUAUAAAAGCCUUGCUAACCUUAUUGUUGCCAGAGGAGACAGCACUGAUAGCUUUCACUCGGCCAUGAAAACCCUGGAGAAGAAAGUGAAAAAUGCCUACAGUUGUGUCCCUUGGAAUCCAUUUCCACUGGACAUAUGGACAGCGAGGAACAACCUGACUGGCUCUAAAUCAGCUUCUCUGACUGUGGCAUCCAAUAGCAGCUCUGUUACAGACUACCUAGAAUUCCUCCUCUCCAGAUCUCAGACAAUGUACAAGGCAGGGGCUUACUUACACUGGUACUGGAGAUAUGGCGCAACAGAGGAGGAUUUUAAUGAAGCAAUGGAAGAAAUUUCCUCCAUCAUUGACAACUACAAAGAGGCAGUCAAGUAGUUAUAAUUCCAUGGAAAUCAUACAUGAAUUGCCAAUAUGGUAGUGGCAGAGGGUUCCAUACUAGAAGUCCAAAGACUUGGAAGAACUGAUUGGACCAUAGUUCAAGAACUGGCACACACUCAUUGAAAAUAUGAAGUCCUUUGUUUGUAUCGAUGGUGAUACUGCUACCCGAAAACAAGCAUAAACUGCAGUGUUGAGAUAGAAUAAUGAUGGAAUCCCAGAUUGUGUGAAUUUACUAUUGAACACUAAUAUUCUUGUUAAAAAUUCUUUCCUUUACAGUCAUAAUGUCUUGGAUGAAUUUUUU